UAUUUAUUCAGAUGAACUCCAGUAGCGAAACUAAGGUUCUAACAAAGCCUAAAAAUACACUGAAGAAAGACAAAAAGUUUCAGACUGGAAGAUGGACUGAAAAGGAGCACUACCUCUUCCUUCUAGCUGUCAAAAAACAUGGAAAAGACUGGAAGAAGAUAGAGGGUUUUGUUAAAACAAGGUCUAGCACUCAAUCCAGGUCUCAUGCUCAGAAAGUCUUGAAAGACGAUUUAAUGAACAACCUUGAAAAUGAAAUAGCUCGCCUAGCCUUGAUUUAUGAAGAUAAUGCUUCUGCACAACUUAGACCAGAAUUUUCUGGCUCCUCCCAGGAGAAUUCUCAAACUCUCCAGGGUGGUCCAAAGACAAAAAGAAAAGCUAAAAGGGUUUAUAAAGAAGCCAUUAAGAAAAUAGGAAAUGAAAACAUCGUCCAACUCUCCAACAUGAGCUCAGAAAAUAAUGAUGACGAGUCAAAGCAAGACCAAAUCGAUGACGACUCUUAUGAAGAAUCUGAGUACUCAUAUCCUGACGAUUACCAAACGAAGUUGUUCGAAAUUGAAAAAGUAAAAAUGAAGACUUCUAAAAGGAAAAGGAAAGCAACCAAGAAGAGAUGAGUGGCUAUGCCCAGCAAGGUCUUGGCUAAUGCAAGAAAAGACUCUAUGCUAACUUCUGCUAGCGCUAAUCAAUCCACUACACUCUCCCCUGUUAAGACAUCAUCAACGGAGUCACUAACUCCUAACCUAAGGGGUUGAGGAGGUGGAGAAUUUAGAGUCUCUCCUUUUAACCAAAUGAGCAGCUCUGCUUCAAACAAAAAUGGAGGACUCGACGAGAGCAAACCCGUUCCUCAAAAUGGAAUGGUUCCUCCUAAUGUCAAUCAAAACUUAAGAAGAGCUACUUCUACCAAAAUUGAGGUGUGACCACCAAGCUCAAGCUAUAUUGGCAGUCCAUUUGCUCGGAAUGACCAGCUUAUGUUCUUGUUAUCGACUGAAAAAAAGCCUGAGUUUUGUAAGCCCCCGAUGAAGAAGAGGCUUACGAUGGAGGUAGACAAUUUUAACUCUCUCCUUUUUGAGGAUUGAUUUCUCGAUGGAGACUAUCCUUGCUCACCAAAACACAUGAAAAUUUCGGAAAAUUCUCAUGAUUCUUGGGAAGACUCUCAUGCAGAGAGUUUAUUAUUCGGCGACUCUAAUUUCCCUCUAUUUGACCAAUAUUAGAGGGCACCAUCUUGU